CUCCUACAAUGUAUAACUAGAGCUCUGGGCAUACAGGCAGGGGCUGACAGCUACACACUCAACACAGGACCUGGAAUUAAGGAGGACUCCAGAACCAUACAAUGACAGAAGAUAAGAUCACUGGAACCUUGGUGUUCACUGUCUUCACUGCUGCGCUGAGUUCCUUCCAGUUCGGGUAUGACAUUGGUGUGAUCAAUGCACCUCAAGAGAUAAUAAUAACCCAUUAUAGACAUAUCUUGGGUGUUCCCCUGGAUGACCGAAAGACUACUUACAACUAUGUUAUCAACAGUACAGAAGCACUGCCCACAAUCACAUACCCAGCGAACUCAAUACCAGCUGGGGAAGAGACUAUGGCAUCUGCUGGCCUAAUCACCAUGCUCUGGUCCCUGUCUGUAUCCAGUUUUGCAGUUGGUGGAAUGAUUGCAUCAUUCUUUGGUGGAUGGCUUGGGGACAAGCUUGGAAGAAUCAAGGCCUUGAUGGUAGCAAACAUUCUCUCAUUAACUGGAGCUCUCUUGAUGGGGUUUUCCAAAUUGGGACCAUCUCAUAUUCUUAUAAUUGCAGGAAGAAGCAUAUCAGGACUCUACUGUGGGCUAAUCUCAGGGCUGGUUCCAAUGUAUAUUGGUGAAAUUGCUCCAACGACACUCAGGGGUGCUCUUGGCACUUUUCACCAGCUAGCCAUUGUCAUGGGCAUUCUUAUUAGUCAGAUUAUUGGCCUUGAGUUUAUCCUGGGCAAUCAUGAUCUGUGGCACAUCAUGCUUGGCCUGUCUGCUGUGCGGGCCCUCCUUCAGUUUCUGCUGCUAUUCUUCUGUCCAGAAAGUCCCAGAUACCUUUAUAUCAAGUUGGAAGAAGAAGCCAAAGCAAAGAAAAGCUUGAAAAGACUUAGAGGAAGUGAUGAUGUCACCAAAGACAUAAAUGAGAUGAAAAAAGAAAAAGAAGAAGCAUCAAGUGAGCAGAAAGUCUCCGUAAUUCAGCUCUUCACUAAUUCUAGCUACAGACAGCCUAUCAUUGUGUCAUUGAUGCUGCAUGUGGCUCAGCAAUUUUCUGGAAUCAAUGGGAUCUUCUACUACUCAACCAGCAUUUUUCAGACAGCUGGAAUCAGCCAACCUGUUUAUGCAACCAUCGGAGUUGGUGCCAUCAACCUGGUUUUCACUGUUCUCUCUGUAUUGCUCGUGGAGAAGGCAGGGCGACGCUCUCUGUUUCUAAUUGGAAUGAGUGGGAUGUUUUUCUGUGCCAUCUUCAUGUCAGUGGGACUUGUGUUACUGGAUAAAUUUGCUUGGAUGAGUUACGUGAGCAUGACGUCCAUCUUCCUCUUUGUCAGUUUCUUUGAAAUUGGGCCAGGCCCCAUCCCCUGGUUCAUGGUGGCCGAGUUUUUCAGUCAAGGACCGCGCCCCACGGCUUUGGCACUAGCCGCAUUCAGCAACUGGGUCUGCAAUUUCAUUAUAGCUCUGUGUUUCCAGUACAUUGCGGACUUCUGUGGACCUUAUGUGUUUUUCCUCUUUGCUGGGGUGGUCCUGGCCUUUACCUUGUUUACAUUUUUUAAAGUUCCAGAAACCAAGGGAAAGUCUUUUGAGGAAAUUGCUGCAGAAUUCCGAAAGAAGAGUGGCUCAGCCCAGCGGCCAAAAGCUGCUGUAGAAAUGGAGUUCCUCGGAGCUACAGAGACUGCGUAAAGAUGAUUUGCUUUCUUAUAUGAACAAAACAGGAAGGAAACUGUUUUUAAGUGAUUCCUUGAGAAUUCUCUAUCUACACCUUCAAGUACACUUUAUUUUUUUAAAGAGUUUGGCAGGCUCUCAUCAGAAAUUGUCAACAAAUAUUACCACAGAAAGUAUUUUUAUAACUUAAAGAAUCUAUUGUUGAUGGGAAAAUGCUAAUAAGUAAACCAAAAAGGUAGCUCAUUUCGCUACUAUCAAAAGCAAGUAUGUGAGGCUGGGGUUGUGGCUUAGUGGUAGGGUGCUUGCCUAGGAUGUGUGAGGCACUAGGUUCGAUUCUCAGCACCACAUAUAAAUAAUAAAAAAAAGGUCCAUCAACAUCUAAAAUAUUAUUUUUUGAGAAAAGCAAGUAUGUUCUAACCUUCCUAUCCCUAUUUUUUAUUACAAUGUUCCCUUGAAAUUGGAGAUCUUUCAAGGUAUGAUAGUAUUGCUUCAUGAAGCACAGGACUAGAAAACAAGGAUACAACUGACAUUUUAUAUUUAAAUCUAAUAAAUUGGAAUUUUCUUACAGCUCUCAUUCUAAGGGAGCUACAGGUAGUGGAAGUAGGAUUCAUGUUAAAUUAACUUUUUCAUUUCUCUCAGCUUCUUUCUUGUGUAUUUGAAUUUCUAUUUUGCUUAAAAUCUUUUAUUUUUUAUGGUUUGUUGGGUAUAUUAAAAUAUGUUUAUGGGGGCUGGGAGAUAGCUCAGUCGGUAGAGUGCUUGCCUUGCAAGCACAAGGCCCUGGGUUCGAUCCCCAGCACCCAAAAAAAAUAAAAAUAAAAAUAAAAAAAAAUAAUAAAAUAUGUUUAUGAAGAAAAAGCUUCAUUUGGGGCAGUUACCAAAAAUUUUCUAGUACUCAGAAGAAAAACAUUUUAGUUCCCUUAAUGACCAAAUGGGUUUUGGCAAAGUUGAACACCCAAAAGGUUUUAACUGGUUAUAUACCCUGGAUUAUCAGUUAAUAUUAGCCUUUAUUUCAAAACCAUGUUAAUUUCUUGCUGGUUCAAUUCUUUUGCUUUACUUUUAAAUUGAGUAUAGCCUGGUUGAGUUGUUAUAAAAUACACUCAAACAAUCAUGAGUCAGGUAUUUUGUAUAUCUCCUCAAACCUCUAAUAAGUUGGAUCAACCUAACUUAGGAAACGCUAGGGAGAGGAUUGCUCUGUUUGUUAAAAAUAUUUUCUGAGUUAGAAAAGUAGAGCUUAAAAAUUCCUAAGGGUGAGCACCUGAAACUUCAUGAAACUUUCACUUUCGGACUUGAUCAAAAUUCCUAUUUAAUUUUCCUGGAAACACUGAGUUCCCUAACAUAGAACAAUCAUCCCCCUUUGACCUUUCCUUCUUUGUCUGAACCAUAUACAGAUUCCAUCUACCUAUUCUACUGCUGUGUGUUGUGUGCUACCAAUGUGCCAGGCUUGGUUCUAAGUGCUUUGACCUUUGUAGGCAAAUUGAAAAGGCACAAUGAUUAAACAAACUUCAGCUUUCAGUGAAUUUUACAAUUAUGGAAGCACAGUUCUGAUGGAUACCAAAGGCUUUGCGGGAACUAAAAUAUCUCCAAGCUAUUUUCCCUACAAAGUGGAAACGCUGAAUAAUCUUUUUUUGUUUGCUUUAAUGUGAAUUGUAGAAAAGCACUUUUUAUAAAGUAUUUUUUAAGAGAAAAAGAACCCCACUGAAUAUUUUUUUUUCUUUUUUGUUAUUUUGCUUUUGUUGUUGUUGUUGUUGUUUCUUCACCCUUGGUGGAAGUUGUUCACAUGUAUGUAACUUGGCAGCCCAAACAACAUGAAAUUAUUUCUUUUAAUUUUAAUUUUUUUCCUCUGGGCCAAUUUGGGAGAAAAAAAAAAAAAACCCAACUAUAUUCACGUAG